AGUAGGAAGAUACACUAAGUUUAAGAAGUUGCUUCAGAAUAGGACAGGGCCUGGGUUUGAUGACAUGGGAAGGAUUGAUAUGUCAGAUGAUUGGUGGAAUGAACGUGAAAAGGAGUGUCCUGGGAUUAGAAAAUCCAUAUGCAAAGAGAUUGCUAAUAUGGAUUUGUUUGAAGAAGAAUUUCGUGGUGUAGUUGUAACUGGAGCUGAAGGAUGGAGCGCUCAACAUGGAGAAGCAAGUUUGAAUUCUAGAGUGGGUGGAGAUGAUGGUGAUGAAGCUGAUUCUCAGCCAGGAGAAGAGACUCAAGCAUUUGGGACAGAAACUCAGCCACAAGCUCAGACAGAAACACAACGCCAAACUCAGCCAGCGGCUCAGACCUCAUUCCGGAAGUUCAAGAGCCAAAGAAAGCCUCUGGAGGUGAAGAAUAGGAUAGCGGAACGGAUGUUGGAGCGUCAAGAAGCCUCUAGUGUUGAGAAUGUGUUAGAGAUACUGUACGCAUUGCCUGGAGUGAGAGAGUGGUCUCCAUUAUAUGAAGCAGCAAUGGAACAUCUUAUAGAUAAUGAAGGAGUCGAAGGGCCUUUAUAA